GAGCACUGGAACUCAAACCUCUAUCUUUUGAAGUGAACAUGUAUCAGCCUUAGACCUUUUUUGCUUUUGCUCUAUCUGUGUUUCUCAAUUUGGUAAUUGUCCUUCGGUUCUUGCUUGGCUUCACCGGUUGAUUUAAUGUUUGUGUUGUUUUUUUGUGCUAAUUUUGCCUGAGCAUCCAUGAUCUUUGUCCAGGAAUGUCACUUGUGAUUAUGCUGAAUAGUCGUGUAGCCCUUAGAAUUUUCAUUUUGAAGACGCCCUUUGUUGCUCUGGAUAUUCCAAUAUGGGUACCAGAAGUCAGAUGUUUACUGUUUGCAUUGAACAUAUAUUAGCAGUAGAUCUGUAUGUGUUUUUCCUCUGUAUGUGCUUCUCAGUUUGGACAGUCAAUCCAGUUUACCAAGUAUCCUUAUUGAUUGAGCACUUGUUUGCAAGGAAUGCUUGGAAUAAAUUGGGUGCUAUGCCUACAGAAGAAGCUAUGGAGGAGUACAUAACAAUUGUUGAUGAGAUAUUCCCUAACUGGGCUGAUGGCUCGAAAAAGAAAGAUGGGGAAACUACAAUGUCUGCAUCAGGUUCGAAGGGACCAAUGGGACCUGUAUUUAGCAGUUUAAUGUACGAGGAAGAUCAAGGAAAUGAAUCAGAACUCGGUGACAUCCAUGUUUCUGCAAGGGAAGGAGCAAUUGAUGACGUUAAAAAGCAUCUGGCUGCUGGUGUACAAAUCAACAUAAGAGAUAGCGAAGAGAGAACUCCGUUGCACUGGGCUGUGGACCGUGGGCAUCUAGAUGCUGUCGAGGUUCUUGUCAGUUCAAACGCAGACGUGAACGCUCAGGACAACGAAGGGCAGACAGCGCUCCACUACGCCGUCCUCUGCGAGAGGGAGGACAUCGCCGAACUGCUCGUCAAGCACCACGCCGAUCUCCAGAUCAAGGAUGGCGAUGGGAACACCGCCCAGGACCUAUGCUCCUCAUCCUGGCCGUUCAUGAAGCCGGCAAACUGACGGUGCAGUGAACCCGAUGAUAUGAGUUGACGCCUACUACUGCCACUACUAGUACCAAGAAACUAUACACACCGUGCUUGAUCAGCUGAAUCAGAUGAGAGCCGUUUUACCAACCUCAUCGAAUACACUGUCGAAAGAUAACUCAGUGCAGGGUAGACAUCUUUGUAGUAGUAUUUGCCUGUUUCAUACAGUUUUUAGUGUGUUUGUGCUGCAAUCCAACCGUUUGGCAGGAAACAUGUCGGUAUCAGGAUUCAGGUCUCGUAUCCUCAUAUUGUCAAUAUGCAUGCAUCUUAACAGCA